AUGACAGCGCGCCAAUCGUCACCGACUUCAGACCAUUUACAUUCGGACGGCAAUGUCCGUAAGAGGGUUUGCAAGGCCUGCGAUCGGUGCAGACUGAAGAAAUCCAAGUGUGACGGAGCCAACCCAUGUGGUCGGUGUAGGACGGACAAUGCCAUCUGUGUAUUUGGCGAGCGGAAGAAGGCCCACGAUAAAGUGUACCCCAAGGGAUAUGUUGAGAUGCUCGAACAGCAACAAGCAUGGCUUGUUCAUGGACUUCAGGAGCUGUACCGACGAGCCACAGAAGGCGAAGGCUGGCCCGGCGAACCGUUGCAAUGCGAACCAAACGGCCAUCCGCUGACGCACGACUUACUCACUCGACUGGGGGCUCUGGAUCAGACAAAAGGCGAGCGCUUCGAAGAGAACACGGAGGCCAUGCAGCAAGAGCUGUGGACGCAAAAUGCCGGGCACAUGCAACGCCAAGAUUCGUCAGAUGGAAGCUCCGAUAGCGCACAAUCGCCCACUGUUCCCACUCGAUUUUCGGAUCCCUUUGCGCAUCAAAUACCACCCACCCCGACGACCUUCAGUGCAUCUCGGGCACAGGGACCCACGAUCAAGACCGAACCGCAGAUGGCCCCCUCGAACCCGGCGUUCGCAGCUUCCAUGUCUAUGCAAGGCGUGGUCAACCCCUUGGCGCUUCAGACUCCGCAACAAUGGCCCAGCAACAACUUCAGCUCUUUUGAGGAUAUCGAUCUGAUAGGUGCCUCGGACUACACGAACCUGUCCUUCGAUGAUCAGGUCUCCUCCCCGAUGUUCAACCGUCAGAUUCCCAUGAGUUGCAUGUUGACCUCAUCGUAUAUGGACACGAAAAGCGAUUACGAAGACAUCAAUCAAUUUCUAAAUGCGAACCCGCCUGAGAUCGCGUCUACCUAA